UAGCUCCCACCAGCUCUAGUUCCCGGCCGCGAAGAGGGAGAUUACAGAGAAGCACCGUUCCCCCACUCCAGACCCCAAGCCUCCAGGAGUGAAGCAACAGCUUUUUGACAGCAUCUUGGACCGGGACCCCGUGGAGAGGCCCCAGCAGACCAGGUGCCUAGGCGGUAGGGCUGCAUGAGAGCGAGGCUAAACUGUGCCGGCCAUAGUUGGAGACAUCGGUGGAGAGCCAGCCCCAGAGACUCUCACUGGAAAAGGCUAGAAGCUGUCCCAGGGACCUCCUAGGCACCCCCGGUAUUUGCAGUUGAAGUGGAAGAGAAAUGCCGGUAUCUAAGGGAGGCCUGAGGUCCAAUCAAGCACCCAAUGGACGACAAAAAGAAGAAGAGGAGUCCUAAGCCUUGCCUGGCCCAACCAGCCCAGGCCUCAGGCACACUGCGGAGAGUUCCUGUGCCCACCAGCCACAGUGGCUCCUUAGCCCUGGGACUCCCUCAUCUGCCAUCACCCAAGCAGCGAACCAAGUUCAAGAGAGUAGGCAAGGAGAAAUGCCGCCCGGUGCUGGCUGGAGGUGGGGGCGGCUCUGCAGGCACGCCCCUGCAGCACUCCUUCCUGACUGAAGUGACUGAUGUCUACGAGAUGGAGGGGGGGCUGCUGAACCUGCUCAAUGACUUUCAUUCGGGUCGCCUGCAGGCCUUUGGGAAGGAAUGCUCCUUCGAGCAGCUGGAGCACGUGCGGGAGAUGCAGGAGAAGUUGGCCAGACUGCACUUCAGCCUGGACGUGUGUGGGGAGGAGGAGGACGAGGAAGAGGAAGACGAUGGGGUCACAGAGAGCUUGCCUGAGGAGCAGAAGAAGACAAUGGCUGACCGAAACCUGGACCAGCUGCUUAGCAAUCUAGAAGAUCUUAGCAAUUCCAUACAGAAGCUGCACUUGGCAGAGAACGCUGAGCCUGAGGAGCAGCCGGCGUCGUAGGUGUUGGACCCAGGCCUAGCUGCUUCUCUCCUUCCCUUCAAACUGUGACUUUUUACGGACUCGGGAGGGUUCCGCAGCCCCCCAGGUGCUAUGAAGUGGGGGGCACUGGAUGGAAUUAAACAAACGGAAA